AUGUCACGAACAUCCCGAUUUCGACGGCUCUCCUGGAAAAAAGAAUCUUUUCUGCUCGGCUGUCCAUCGUCGUCGUGUCCGCCCUCAACUCCCUUCUCGCCACCGGAAUGCGCUUCACUCCCCUGUUGCUCAUCAUUUCCUUCCGUCGCCGCAUCGCCGUGGGGCGAGUUGCUCGCCUCGCCAUCCUCAGUCAACAGGAAAAAACACACGAAGCAAAAAAUCAUCAACGUAGAAAAUAAAAAAGACCCGAGGAGAAAAUACACCGGAAUGAGGGCCGCAUGGAGUGAAAAAACAUCCCCAGCAGCACCGUGA